GACCCUGCUGCUCAGGACGGUCACUGCCUGAACUCAUGAAAGAAACCGGCUAACGGAUAGUUUUAAAGUCGGGCUCGUGUGUCCGUGUUUGUUUGUUUUUUUUCACUCUGAGAGUGUUUUGUUAGACAUUUCCAUUCUGGUGCCGAGAAAACGCGAAUUGCUUUGGGAUCGACUCUCAUCUCGAAGUUCCCAAAAUGAACUUCGAUCCGGUGGUCGGAAAACUUUUUGUGGCCGUGGCAUCGCUGCUUCUGGGGCUUGUCUGCCGCGCGGCAGAACCCCCGGCUUCCCAGUGGUCCGGAGAGGAGGGCAGAAACCUCACCCUGCGGCGACUCAGGACAUGUGUGGAGAAUGAGCAAUACCUCAACCAGGGACUCUGCUGCCUCAACUGCAAGGAGGGAACAUUUGUGAAUAAGCCAUGUGAAAAAGAUCUAGAACAAGGAACCUGUUUGUCCUGCGAGCACGGACAGACCUACACAGAGCACCCCAACGGGAUGACCCGCUGUCUGCCCUGUACACACUGUCGCCAAGAUGAAAUUAAAAUUGCUUCCUGCACCACCACCACAGACACCAAGUGCCAAUGCAGACCUGGUACCUUCUGUGUUCCUGACCAGGCCUGUGAAGUCUGCAAACGCUGUGCCAAGUGCAAACCGGGUGAGGAGGAGGUAAAGAAGUGCACGCCCUUUUCUAACACCGAGUGCCGAAGGCGGGAUCCGUCUCCCACUGAAACCGUCGCACCAAAGCCGCCCGUGGCUCCCAAUGCUUCAACAAAUACCUGGUUUGUUGUUUUAUUGUUUUUGAUCUGCAUCAUGGUCAUUGUCGUUAUUGCAUCCAUUCUGUGGUUCUUAAAGAAGCAGCAUUCGUGUGAUGUACCAUGUUCAAAGACCCCUUGUGACUCCAGUGAAAUUGUAAAGAUUCCCAUUCAUGAGAGUGGAGCAACUGCUGAGGAGAAACAGAACAAUCAGAACGCAGGUUUAGAGGGCGAGGAGCCCCGCCCAGAAUCAAGACCGCUGCUGCAGGAGACCCAGGGGAUGACAAAGCCCUGCCCCCCUCUGGAGGAUGAAGACCGCGGACUUGGCGACAGUUUGCCCAACACCACCAGCUCGUCUCAGACGAGCCUUUCGGCUCUGCCCACAGCUGCCUCCUCUGGCAACACCCCACACCAGAGCCCCUCUGGCUUCAGACAGCUUCCCUCAGACACGGAUGACCCCUUAGGACAUCGAUUGGUGCCACUACUCGGGUCAGAGAGGUCCCUCAGGAAGAGCUUCGACUUGUUCGACGAGUACCUGGACGUCCGGAUCCACAACAAGUUCUUCCGACUCAUCGGCAUCAGCGACAACCACAUCCGCAUCGCGGAGAGCGGCCCCUCUGUCGACAAAGUGUACGAACUGCUGAAGAACUGGAUGCAGAGGCAGGGGCUGAAGGCCGACAUCAACGACCUGUUGGAGGCCUUGCUAAGCAUGGACCAGCGGCGCUCGGCCGAGUGCAUCGCCUACUCGGCCCUCAAGAGGGGCUACUACAAGCACGCGGAAACGCCCUGAAACCCUCGGCCACGGUGAACUGCCAAUGAAGUAAAUGCAUCGCGCUCACCAUCGGCACAAACUACAGCCACACGGACACCGUCGUCGGACACUAUGUCUCCCAAACAGGCUUACCUCCUCUGUGGCUGUUAAGCCAUGCUUUCAAAAAGCCAGUAGUUGUAGAAAAAAAAAGAGAAACACAUAUGGGGCAGACUGAUCAGCCGUCUGACGUUGUUGACUACUCGCCUAAUGCUGAAGAUUCACUACGAAAGCAACGCUCGACAACAUUAAAGACAGAAACUAUGUUAAAGUAUGCUUUCUAAAAAAUCCCAAAGGCUUUAGCUUUGUGUUCCGACAGGUUUGGAUGUUCUCUGCUGACGUAAAGAAACGCUCAGCCGGACACUGAAAGCCAGGAGGCGCAGAUAUAUACACUGGUUAGAAGGAGUGGCGUCGCACGUGUCACCAAUACCGUGCCUGUUUAAUGCACUGAUAUGAGGCACAUGUUGAGCAUAAAAACAGGUCAUGUUUCAAUGUGUUCUGAUGAUUCUUUUAGCACACCAUCAAUUCUAGUCCAUGAAUAUUUUUCUCACUAAAAUGGGAAAAUAUUCCCAUACUAACAUCCAUCCCUACUCUUCCAGCUUUUUUAUUUCCAUUUUGUUCCUGAAGCUGUUUUCAUCCCAUCCAGUCGUGUCUUCGGUCUUUAUGUGUUCAGUGUUUUCAAUCUCAAACACUGUUGAAGGAAUUUGCAGGACAUUUCUAUCAGAGCUUUUGUUGAUCGUUUCCUAUUUAUUUUCAUAUUUAUUUAGAAGAUUAUCUCUUUUUAUUUAUACCUUUGCCAAAACGACCCUAAAGAUGCACACAAUCGCCUCGGCGUUGUGACGUCCUUGCAGGGUGAAAACGAUUCGAGAUCCGAUCCUUUCAAUUUCUAAAAUGACAAAAAAAAAUGUAGCUUUUUUUUUUUCCUGCUCGUCAGACUAAGUUCUGGUUGACAAAUUGGCGUCUUUAUGUCCAUGUGAUCCGUGUGCCUUUCAUCAGCCACUUUUUGCUGAUUCCACGUUCAGGACGGUGCAGAAGGUUUUUCCCCUAACACCUAAUGCAGAAUGUUUCUUUUCCAGUUUUCUUCCAUGAUCUUCAGAUGUUACUCUCUUUUUAAAUAACCGACUGAAGAAGUAGUUCGUCUCCUGUCUUGUUGGGAUGGGUGCAGGUACAGAUUGUUUCCUAUGGUUGUAAGAUGAAGGAAAAUCUUUUCCUGGAUUUGAAAAGUAGCUCAGAUGUUUCUUUAUAAAAUCCUCCCUGUAUGCACACGUACAUGUGCAUCAAAAGUGCAUGCAAGUCUUAUAGAUGUUUUAUUUAUACAUACGGAUUCAUUAAACAAAUGGAAUAUAAUGAGAUAUAAAAAACUGUUCAACCAGAAUCUGCUUUAUUUGUUGUUGUUUAUGCCCAGUUUCUGCAUUUUUUUAUGUAUAAAGCACAGAUUUAGAGUUAUAUAUGCUACAGUGCUGGCACUGCCAUCUAUUGACUGACUAUGAAACUGCAUCCAGCUCUAUUGACUGAACCCAGCCCUCCUAAAUUUGUUUUCUUCAUCUGCUGCAUCCGUUUUUAAGCUGAUUUCUCCUGUUGGCAGCAGAACGGAGAGAAAGGAACAGGUUCUCUUGUUCACUUCAUAGUGCAUCAUUUCUUUUGUGUUUGUGUAGAUUUCUUUUAAUAUCUCUGUUUUAUAUGCUUUUAGUGCAAGUCUAAGCUGUUCAGUUAACUUCCAUUAAGUUCUGUAAUUGUCGGAAAACCAUUAAGCCUUUUUUUUUUUCCAGAGUUACUGUUUGGUUGUCAUGGAUUUCUGAUGCAAGUGAUGUAAAUACAACAAAGCUGUUUUUACAUUAAGUUCAAA